CCCUGCCUCGCCUAACGGGUCACCCUCAAGGGCGCAAGGCGCGAGGGAAACGCCGCCGCGACGCCGGCCAUGGCAGAAGCAGCAGCAGCGCCGCGCGCGCCUCCAGGGAGCCCGGGGAGCGAGUGAGCGCGCUCGGCCGGGGAGAAAACGAGACUCUCGGCGGGACGCGGGAGCGGCAAGCGGCCGGGCCGCCGAGGCGCAGGGAAGCCUGGCUGCAUCAAGGAUUCUGCACUUGAUGAUGCCAAGGAUGUGUUGGACCGUGGCUCCCAUCUGGUAGAAGCCAGGUUGAGGAAAAGUGCUAAGGGGCCCAGAAGUGAAGUGAAACAGUGAAAAUUUGCCAAACACAAGAGCCUCCUGCGCUCUUGCCCGAAGUGCCAUAAUGACAGGCAGUAGCCCUCCUGACAGCUAUAAAGCUGUUUGGCUGAUCUUCUUCAUUCUUGGCCUUGGGACACUCUUGCCAUGGAAUUUUUUCAUGACAGCUACACUGUACUUUACCAGCCGCCUCCAGGAGGGUGCACACAUCAGCCCCACUGACCGCUACGCUGACCAGAAUGUCACAGGGGAGAAGGAUGUUCCCCCAACAUCCAUAUUAAAUAAUGAGAAUUCCCACAUCAGUCAUGCUAAUAGAACUUCCAUGGGGAAGGAGGAAGUCCUCCACUCACACUUGCAAGCCAUAUUCGACAAUGUGAUGACAAUCUGUGCCAUGUUGCCUCUACUCAUCUUCACCUGCCUCAAUUCCUUCAUCCACCAAAGGAUCCCCCAGCAGGUACGGAUCUUGUGCAGCCUGAUUGCCAUUUUCUUGGUCUUCCUGGUUACAGCCAUCCUAGUGAAAGUACCCAUGGAACCAUUGCCGUUCUUUAUUGUCACCAUGAUCAAGAUCGUCUUCAUCAAUUCUUUUGGUGCCAUCCUCCAGGGCAGCCUCUUUGGACUGGCAGGGCUCCUGCCUGCCAGCUACACAGCACCUAUUAUGAGUGGGCAGGGCCUUGCAGGGACGUUUGCCGCUCUGGCCAUGAUCUGCGCCAUUGCCAGUGGCUCUAAACUGGAAGACAGUGCCUUUGGUUACUUCAUCACAGCCUGUGUAGUGAUCCUGAUGGCCAUUGGUUCCUAUAUCAUGCUGCCUCGUCUGGACUUCUUCCGUUAUUACUCCAUGAAGGACAAGACGGAGUAUCGGGUCCAUGAGGCCCACUGUGAGAUGGAAACCAAAGUUGAUCUCAUCAAGAAAGGUGAAGUCAAUAGUACGGAACUCAAAUACUCUGUGAACGGGGCCUCCCACGUACCAAACGACAAGUCCUCAGUCUUCAGUAUCUUCAAAAAGAUCUGGGUCAUGGCUGUUUCUGUCUGCUUAGUCUUUACAGUCACAAUUGGAGUCUUCCCAGCAGUCACUGUUGCAGUUGUGUCAACCAUUGCAGGACAGACAAUCUGGGCUAAAUACUUCACCCCAGUCUCCUGUUUCUUGAUGUUUAAUGUUUUUGACUGGGCAGGACGAAGCCUUACUGCUGUCUGUAUGUGGCCUGGAAAAGACAGCCGCCUAUUGCCCUUCAUGGUGGUGGUCCGUGUGGUCUUCAUUCCCCUCUUCAUGCUGUGUAAUGUGCAGCCGCGCAAGAACCUGCCGGUCAUGUUUGCCCAUGAUGCUUGGUACAUUGUCUUCAUGAUCUUCUUCGCCAUCUCCAAUGGCUACCUGGCCAGCCUCUGUAUGUGCUUUGGACCCAAGAAGGUGCAGCCCCAUGAAGCUGAGACUGCAGGCACCAUUAUGGCAUUCUUCCUCUCGCUGGGCCUGGCCUUGGGAGCCAUCCUUUCCUUUCCCUUAAAAUAUGUCAUCUAAUGGAGACAAUCCUGGGUGCUCUUUGGUCAGAAGAGCAGAGCCAGCUCUUUAGAGGCCAGGGCACCGCUGGGAACGUCUUUGCCCACUGCCCAGGAACUCACUGGCUUAGCUGACUGGUGUGCCUCUUGGCUUGGAAGGGGGCUUCUCAACUGCUGCAUAGACUGCCCAGCUCCUUUUCCUGAAUGACACCCAUGUCUGGCCACCGGCCCAUCAUUAUGUCAAACCUGUCUUCCUACACCAAGAUUAUCUUGUGUUGCAUCCCAAACUCUCAUCAUUCACCCUGUGUGUUUUUCUUGAGCAAAGAUGGCUGAAGCCCUUCUAUUCUACUUCGUUUACAUUGCUGGAUUCUCUCUAUUGCCACAUAAAAGGGAUUUGCUGUUCAUCAGCAUCACGGGCUAGCUCAGUCCAGGCUCCUGACUCUGCUGUGGUUUGUAUGGAUUCACUCUGUGUGCACAACCUUCAUCAGUGUCUGCUUUGCUAUCGGAAUGACAAUCCCAACUGAAACAACUGAUACAUUUGACUUGGACUGCAAUUCUGCCAUACCCCAGCCCCCUUUCCCCCAAAGGUUUCUGCCCAUGAAGAGAAAUUGGUAACAGCUUCAGCUCCAAUUAAGGAUUCUGCCUAUUUCUGAUCCAUAACUUAUGGUUCUCUAUGAUUGUGAGAGAGUAUAUUCAAGAAUAUGAAGGCCUCUAACCAGUCAAGCGCCUUGAAUUACUGCCCAUUACCUUGCCUUUGUAAAUAAGCACAAUUUGCCAUUUUGCAGACGGACAGAACAUGCCCUGAUUGCUAAACCUCCUCCAUAUCAUCUGACACACUUCUACAUGUGUUGCCACUUGAUGGGAGCAAGGGAUGAGCCCCCAUAUCUUCAAAAGAAUGUAUUUCUCCUAAUGCUAAAGUGGCUGGGUGUCCCCCCAUCUCUGUCAUGCCCCCUGAUUGUUCAGGGCAAAGGCCCAGUGUGCUUGCAGUUACUUUUUGGCUACUUGCUGUGUACAUUCUUGCAUUGUAAAACUCAGGAUUUCGGCUAUUGUAUUUGUAUUUUGUUUAAGAAUGGCAAUGCUUAUGAUUUGUUUUAUUUUUUAAGAGAGAAAGCUCAUAGUCCUCUUGAGUGUGGAAAAAAAUGUGUAUUAUAAGACAAAUUAAAAUGGGGACUUUUUUUAA